AUGACUGCCACGAAAGUGAAUCUAAAGGAAACAGAAAUUAUAAAACUCGUGCUGGAAUUCCUUCACUCGAGAGAGUUGUUCUUGUCCAUGCGAGCUGUUGAGAGAGAGACUGCAGUGGUCAAUGGUCUAUACUCUGACGAUUUAUUGUUUUUGCGCAGUUUGAUAUUAGAUGGACAGUGGGAUGAUGUAUUGGAAUUUAUCCAGCCUCUGGAGAGCAUUGAGAGCUUUGAUUCUAAGAAAUUCCGUUACAUCAUUUUGAAGCACAAGUUUUUGGAGAUGGUUUGCAUGAAAUCAGAGGACAUGGGGAAUCUGCAGAUUGAGUUUUCAAUUGAUGAAGUUGUGGCUUGUAUGCGAGAUCUCGAACCGUAUUGCCCAACGAAGGAAGACCACAACAGUCUCUGCUUGUUACUGACCCUGCCACGUCUGACUGAUCAUACAGACUACAAGGACUGGAACCCGAGUCGUGCACGUGUACAGUGUUUUAAAGAUGUCAUUCCCGUAAUUGGGAAAUUUUUGCCAGCAGAUAAGAAUAUGAUUGAAUCAGAGUUCACGGCGAGUAACGAUAGACUUGUUCAGUUGAUGAUCAAAGGUUUGCUGUACGAGUCCUGUGUAGAAUUCUGUCAGCAAAAAGCCACAUCAAAAUCUGUGAAUUUCUCAAUAAAAGAAUUGCUUUAUGGGUCAGCUUGCGAUGAUGCAGAUUUAAGUCUGUUGUCAUGGUUACAGAGUAUUCCCUCAGAUACAUUCACUUGUGCAUUCGAGCAGAAAACAUUGGAUGUCCAUAUGGAGAAAAUCGAUAAGCCGAAACAAUCUUGGUCGGAGCAGAUAAUGACACCAUUGACACCCACGCCUGUGAAACAACGUGGUUCGGGUUACCCAUCUCCUUCCCCCUCAACACCAACUCUCUAUCGAGUCAAUGUCACCAUCGGUUGA